UAAUGUAGUAAGGCUAAGUUGCGUAUAUGGUCUGCGCAUUAAUAAUAUUAGUGAGUAGAUCAUUUCGAUGGGUAGGAUGUUUCGUUAGGACACCGGCGAUGAGGACUGUCACACAUAAAGGUGACCACCCCAAACCCGGACUUCUGUCGUACUUUUGGAGAAUAUGGUGCAUAGAACACGACAGCAAUACACCACCAAUAACCAUUCGCCUCGCACUUCAUUUGCAUAAAUGUCCUCAACCUUCCGUAGUGCCUCCUGGACUUCUGCUCAUUGCCGGGUCGGAUGUACACCGCUUAUACGAAAGGCAAGCUGCAGAGUUAAGCCUUGGAAAGAACACAAUGUGGUGGUUGUGUCCGUUAAAGAGUGCAGGAUAAGGCACAGUAAAAGCGGCCAAAUUUACAGAAUACUUUCGCUAGGCACUUACCUCAGAAUCGCGACGAUCUGACGCGGGGGCGUCGCUAUCUUAAACUCUUAUUAGAGACGCCACAACCCCCCAUAAUCCCGUUACUUCGACAUAUGCGUUAAAUGGAAAAGCGUGCCCCCCGUGGAGUUUUCACGCAAAGAUGGGGGUGCCCGUGGAGUCUGUUAUAUUCAGGUAUUCGAGUUUUAGCGCAAUCACCUAUGCAUGUCAGAACGCAGAACGCGAGGAAGAAGGGGCUGGAAGCCUAAUUCCACUGGGCGGGUUGCGGGGGGCGUCGGGGCUCUGAAAGAUUUGAGUCUGGAUGCCUGAGAUCAGUGGUUCAGGGACUAAAGCCCCCGAAAGACAACCCAUCACCCCAGAAGCCAAAUAUUGUGUAUCCUAUCCAGGAUCCGUGCCUUAUUUGCGCUCCAUGGGCGACGGGUGGUUUCUUGCCCCAAAAGACAAAUAGAUUGCAUUAAGCCACAAUAGAAAAUGGGUGAUGGAUAUGAGCGUCUAUUUUAAAUACAUAAAUAAAUAAAUGAACCCGCCUUGAUCCAACACCGGGUCGAAGCACCACAGCCGCAUCGGCUGGGCAGGAGACCAGUUCAUCACGCCCAGCCCUCGUCCACACACACAGAUACUGACCGCCACUGCACCUGCAAAUCUUUGUUGUGCCCUGAAGAAAAGCGCAGCAGACAUGUGGAGUACGAAGAAACUAUUUCCGUUACAUGGCAAAUAAUUCUGACUGUCGCCGCCGGAAGGACCCACCGACCUUAAGCCCGACCAUAUUCAUUGCGUCAAGCAGUUGUCUUCAGAGCACCAAUGCGCUAUUAUAAUAUCAUAGUUUUGUUUCAUUAGUUCGUUUAAUAUUGUAAGAAUUGAUCACUGGUAAGUUUGUCAAUCGGUGAUAAGGCACAUUAUAAAUGAACGCCGAUGGGUGGUCAGCGCCGCCGAAUCGAAGCAGUUUUGCUGUCCAGUCAGAAGACCAUCUCUGUGCAGUGUGCUCGAUCUUCAAAAGUUUGCUCCUGACUCGAGUAUGCCAUGUUUAUUAGCACGCCUUCAUAACCCUCGGCGUGUCCCUGAGCUCGCAGAUGGAGUGGCAUCCUGUCCCCGGCUGGUUGCACCCUGGCAUCCGAUGGUUGCGUAGCCUGCGGCCCCUCUGUAACCUGAAGCGGAUACAGCGGAUUCAAAAGGUGGGCGGACGCCUGCUGAUUCCCAUCAUCCUAGUUUCCAAAGAGUUAACGAGUCCGACUGUUCUCAUCAUCGCUUGUGUUAUUUGCCUCGUAUUCUGUGAAUGACAGAGAGGUAGAUGCAGAGGUGGAGCGUAAGAAGGGAGGGGGAGCGCGCGCACCGAGGCAGCCUGACAGUAAUCGCAGGCAUCUGCGCCGCGUUCUUGCUGGAGACAGACUGAGACCGCACAAGAGCGCAUCUGAAAGACGAAAUAAAACAACCAAAAAGACAAGGGAGAAAGGUGGACAAAAGAGGAGAAAAAGAAGACCCUGGUAGGCGAAUGCGAAAAGACUGGAUCGCGACUGCCGUUUCAUUCGCAUAAACGAGAGCGAAAGUAAAAAGAAGAAGAAGAUGCCUCGAAAACUCUCGCUAGGAUGCAAAGGAAGGCGCAGACUCGCGGACUAACACGAGCUUCGGCUGACAUGGAAAGCGCUUGGCAUUUCUUGCUGGGUUUGAAGAGAUGAAAGUUUACUAGUGCGGAGAAAUAAACGAGCUGCUUAAAAAAAAGCAAGAAAUCUGUAAAGCUGGUCCUUCAAAUUGUUUAUUUCUGAAAAAUGAAGAAGGGGAAACAAAAAAUGCACACCAGUCCUUCUUCAAUGCAGAAGAUGUGAGGCCACGAGAGCAUCGCUAUCCAUCCUGCUUGAAAGGAAGUACCUGAUCCUCAGCCUAUGGAAAGACCAUUCAUAGAGUUCUGACAUCCCAAGUGACCACACAUACUGAAGACCUGAAAGUGAGGCCACCACCUGUCACACUACCCUUAAAUGGUGAGGGAGGUCAGCAGUUUCCUUCAUAUUAUUUUGACAUGUGAGCAUCUGUUUUUUAUUUAGUUGAUUACUUUGACUCACUUUUGCAUUUUGGGAUAUUCACUCAGCAAAUUGAACAGAAGUCAUUACAUCUCAUGACAGAAGACUAACUUUCCUGAGCUGACAAAAAGGAUCAAAACACCAGUUGAGGGGAACAAAUAAGCUGGCCAGUAUGAAUUAGGUGGACUCUGUCUUCUGGAAGACAUUUCUUCUCCCUUUCUCCUUCUAUCAAGCUUACAUCCAAAACCAUACUGCGCAUUCAAGCAGUGGUGCACAAGAUAAGAAGGCCAUAAAUAAAGUCUCAGGAAUGCAGCAGAAUGAUGGGCGAGUUUGCAUUAACUCCUGAUUGCUGACAUGGCACCGAGCACUAUGAUGAUCUUGUGUAGUCCAAAGUCUGCCACUGGUUUUCGUAAGAGGCAAUUUUGGAAGAGCAUUUUAGAUUUAUAUUAGAAGAAUAAAUGGAUCAGCAUAUUGUCAUACAAAGCCUGCAGUGGUGAAAGAGUUGUGAAAUCCAGCUGGUUAUGAGGUGGAGAAGAUCCGUGGCACCUUAAAUUCUGGGCUGUAGUCACAAUUUUAAUCUGUGUCACCCCUUGCCAUCUCUAAUGCCCUGCUGUUGCUCCAUUGGUGUGAACCUUGCAGGAACUCUCUGUACUCUGGGCCUGUUUACCCCCCUGACCCAGUUCUUUUAGAAGUGCCUACUGCCUAAGGUUUUGACUUUUUCUUUUUUUUUGCUUUUGUUUUUUAAGGGUUUGUAUAAUUAGACUGCACUGUGGAGCUGUGCAGGGCUGCCUUAAUCAUGUUCUCUCUUUGAGGUUGCCACCCCUGCUCUCUGUCACUUUGUGACCACAAUCCUUGUGUCUGCAACUCCCUCCUAUUCUUGCCUUAUGCCUAAAGCCUCACUCACUAGUGCCCCACGGCCAUGCCAAUAUCUGUGAUGGAUGUGACCAACGCCAAGUCAUACUAUUGGGAAGUCUUUGCUCCAAUGCCCACUCGCCGGGUUUACUGCACCCCCGUCUAUGAUACAGGGCUCUUGUAUGUGGUGGGUGGUUGCAGUGAGACAGGUCUGCCUUUAGAUACCACAGAAGUGCUGGACAUGGCUUCCCAGACUUGGACCACCCUACCACCGCUGCCUACCCCUCGUGCAGGAGCAGCAGUAGUCCUGGUGGGCAAGCAGUUACUUGUGAUUGGAGGAAUGGAUGGUGAACAGAGGCCACUUUCAUCAGUUGAGAUCUACAACUCAGAUGAAGGCAGGUGGGAGAAGAAGGCAAGCUUGGGACAGCCCUCCAUGGGCAUUACAGCAUUGGAGACAGAAGGGAAGGUUUAUGCUUUGGGAGGAAUGGGAUCCGACACAUCUCCUCAGGCUCUGGUGCGUGUUUACAGCCCCGGGAAGGACCAGUGGCAGCCUCUCCCAUCCAUGCCAACUCCACGAUAUGGUGCCAGCUCUUUUUUACGGGGGAAUAAGAUCUACGUUUUGGGAGGACGACAGGGUAAACUGCCUGUGACGGCCUUUGAAGCCUUUGACCUGGAGGUGAAAAGUUGGACUCGGUACCCCAGCAUCCCCAGCCGUCGUGCCUUUGCCUGCUGUGCAAUGACGGACAAGUGCUUCUUCAGCUUGGGAGGGCUUCAGCAGCCAGGACCCCACAACUUCUAUUCCCGACCUCAUUUUGUGAGUGCGGUGGAAGUGUUUGACACCGAGCAGGGAGUUUGGAGCAAGCCAACACGCACAUUACGUAUGAGGGAGAAGCGGGCAGACUUUGUGGCAGGAUAUCUCGGAGGAAGAGUCAUCGCUGUUGGAGGUUUAGGAAAUCAGCCAUCUCCACUGUCAUCUGUGGAAGGUUACAACCCAGGGAAGAGAAAAUGGGAGUACCUGGCCCCUAUGCCAAGCCCACGGUGUUCAUGUGCAGGACUUCAAACUGAACACAUUCUCUUUGUCAUCGGAGGUGUGGCUCAGGGUCCCAGCAAUGCUGUGGAAGGACUUUGUAUAAGGGAAUGCGUGUAAAACAGUGUGGAAAUAUAAUUGCUUUAUUCCCACUACUGCCACCAAAACUGAAAAAAAAAAAAAAACAAAAAAAAAAAGUCUCUGUCUUGCCACUCCAAUCUGCAGAAAGCACACAAGAGCAUGGAACUCUUUUUUCUGUCUGCAGUUGUUCAGUAGGCUUGUGGUUUUUGGUUUGGUGUGCAUUUAGAUUAGCAGGCAACAACGUACAAAAUCGUAGAUCUCACUUUAGCCUAAAGCUCUUGAGCUUUUAGCAUAAACCAAGAUCUCAGUUUUGCUUAGGAUGUGGGUGGGUGGCCAAGAACAGUAGGUGAUGUGAAGUCAAGGUUCUCUUCAAAGUACCAUAUUCAUGGAGAGGCGUGGGAGCCCAUGCAAAUGUGCAUUACCCUUUGUCAAAGGGAGCACAGGGCUGAUCAGAGACACUGGAAAAGGACUUCUUAGUAGCAAGGAAGCCUUACACAACUCACAUCUGCACUUCUUGGGGUUCAAAUUUGCUGACUACAAAGUGUUGUAGGAGCAGUUGUCGCUUUGUAAUAUUGUAGUAAAUUUGUCCUUUUUGAAAGUAGCUUUCUAAUGCAAGUAAUGGUCCUUGAAAUAAAGUUUCAAUUUGUCAAUUUUC